ACAUUACACUGCAAAGGGCAUGACUUCCUAGGCUGCCUCUUGUCUUCACCAAAGGACUCCACACCCUCUUUAAGGCAUUGAAAUAUCCAAAUUUUUAGUACCUUCUUCUUAGAUCCACAUGUUCUUUUCCUCACGUCUCACUUUUUCACAUACUGGUUGUACGUCAUCUUCAUUCAUCUAGCCCCUUUUCUUCCACUGCAAAAAUGUUUAGAGGAUGUUUUGGUUGCUUCUCUCAAGAAAAACCAAAAAUCAGGAUAAGUAAGUGUAGGGAUUACCCCUGGGAAAUCUACACUCUCAAGGAGCUACUUCAUGCAACAAACAACUUCCAUAACGAUAACAAGAUCGGCGAGGGUGGAUUUGGAAGCGUUUAUUGGGGUCGAACAACUAAAGGCGUUGAGAUAGCAGUGAAAAGGCUAAAAGCAAUGAAUGCAAAGGCAGAGACGGAAUUUGCAAUGGAGGUGGAGAUACUUGGUAGGGUAAGACAUAGGAAUCUGUUGGGGCUGGGAGGUUUCUAUGCUGGUGGUGAUGAAAGGCUUAUUGUCUAUGAUUAUAUGCCUAACCAUAGUUUGAUCACCCAUCUCCAUGGCCAACUCGCUUCUGAUUGUUUAUUAGAUUGGCCUCGCAGAAUGAGCAUUGCCAUCGGUUCUGCAGAAGGAAUUGCGUACUUGCACCAUAAGGUAAAUCCACAUAUAAUACACAGAGACAUAAAGGCAAGUAACGUGCUUUUAGAUUCAGAAUUCCAAGCAAAAGUUGCAGAUUUUGGUUUUGCAAAGCUUGUCCCAGAUGGAGUCACUCAUAUGACCACAAGGGUGAAAGGAACAUUAGGGUAUUUAGCACCGGAAUAUGCUAUGUGGGGAAAGGUGUCAGAGAGCUGUGAUGUUUACAGUUUCGGAAUAUUACUCCUAGAGAUAAUUAGUGCUAAGAAGCCUUUAGAGAAAUUACCCGGUGGUGUUAAGCGCGAUAUUGUGCAAUGGGCUACCCCAUAUGUGAAAAAAGGUUCUUUCGAUCAUAUUGCAGAUCCGAGGUUGAAAGGUAGGUAUGAUCACGCACAAUUGAAAACCACAAUUGCAAUUGCCAUGAUUUGUACCGAUAGCAAUCCGGAAAACAGGCCUAGUAUGUUGCAAGUGGUGGAGUGGUUAAAGAAUGGGAUAAUGAGGAGGAAGAGAGAAGCACAAAUAUUGAAUGAUGCCGUUGAAGAAGAUGAAGAUGAAGAUGAAGUGGAGGAUGGCGAUGACGACGACAAUACAGAUUAUGAAGGGCCGGGAAUGGAAAGUUCGGAAAUGAGCAUGAUCCGAAAUGAGCCGAGGAGAUGAAAUAAUGGUAAUUGUAUUUGUUGAAUUCCAUUUUUUUUUUCCCCCUGUUGUUUGUUCUUUGUGUACUUUUUGAAAUCGAAUUGUAUGUUCUUAAUGGUGUGUGAGUACUUAUUUAUGCCAUAACAUACAUGAGUUCACUUGCCUUGGAUUGGAAUGAUAAAAUGAAUCUAAUCUUCAUAU